CAUUUAAGCUCUAUUCAGUCCAGUUCAAUUCAGUUCAGUUCAGUAAAUGUGAAUAGUACAUAUAUUAAAAUCAUUUGGUUUCUAAGAGCAUCAAUGGCAAACUACAUGUUCUUGCUUUGCCACAUCAAUUUUUUAAGAUAAACACUUUUCAGCAACAAUGUGUUUAAAUGGGGUAAACUACAACUAACAUCUCCUAGUUUGCAAACAAUAAUUUUUUUUAAAAAAAAAAUAAAAUUGUGCACAUGUUAUGAUGUUACAAUAUGAGUAGAUUUUUUUUAUUUUUUUUAAUCAAAGAUGUAGCUUGUUUGAGCUAUAGUUGCUUAAAUUUUUGUUCUUUGAUGAUAAUCCAUUCUAUUUUAUUCAUGAAGUACACAAAAUAUAAUUCUUUCUAACAAAAAACCAAACAACUUUAGACUAGUAUGAGAUUUAAAAAUUCAUAUAUUUUAGUAUGAGAUUCCAAACCAAUUCAAUAAUAUCUGAUAAACCAAAUAACCCUUUAGUGGAUUAUACACUACACAAUAAUCUCUAAUCAUAUACCAAUUGAAUAUUGGUGUAGUAGUGAUCGGGGCUACACUUGGUAGGGAAGACCUGUAUUUGAUCCUCCGCAAUAACAAUUAAGAGGGGGUGAAAGGGUGAGACGGGUGGAACACAAAAAAAAAAAAAAAAAAAAAUCUCUAAUCAUAUAAUCCUAGUCCUUUUUAAAAAAAAAAUAAAAAAAAAUCUAGACCUAGUUUUGGGAUAAAAUUAGAGAUUUCGAAAAGCCCAACUCAAUUUUCCAUAUCAAUCUUCCAAAUCCCGCACAAAUCUAAAUUACAUUGGGAAUUUCAAGAGUCACCAAAUUCAAAAAUUAAAAAAAAAAAAUAGAGUAAAAUUUUUACAGAUACUACAAACUCUACUUCGGAAUUCUCUGCAAUUUUCUCUAAAUUCAUUCAAUCUCUCUCUUCAUAUUUUCCGCUUGUUUGUGGAUAAUUUCUCAAAAAUGGGAGUGAAAGAAGUAGAAUGGCCGGCAAUUGGAAUCGAUCUCGGAACCACUUAUUCAUGCUUAGGAGUUUGGAAUCACAACCGUGUCGAAAUCAUCACGAAUGAUCAGGGUAACAGAACGACGCCGUCUUGGGUUGCCUUCACCGAAACUGAACGUCUUAUUGGUGAUACUGCUAAGAAUCAAGUUUCAAGAAACCCUACUAGCACUAUCUUUGAUGCAAAGAGGCUUCUUGGUAGGAGAUACAAUGAUGAAAGUGUUCAGAAUGAUAUGAAGUUAUGGCCUUUUAAAGUCGUUGCUGGUCCUGAUUGCAAUGAAGAUCAAAAGCCGUUGAUUGCAGUGACAUACAAAGGUGAAGAAAAGAAAUUUGCUGCAGAGGAGAUUUCAUCUAUGAUUCUUAGGAAGAUGAAAGAAACUGCAGAGGCCUAUCUUAGCACACCUGUACACAAUGCUGUUAUCACUGUACCUGCCUACUUCAAUGAUUCUCAGCGCCAAGCAACUAAAGAUGCUGGUUUAAUUGCUGGGCUCAAUGUGUUGCGCAUCAUCAAUGAACCUACAGCUGCUGCCAUAGCCUAUGGUCUUGACAAGAACUCAAGUAGCUCCACGAAGAAUGUGUUGGUUUUCGAUCUUGGAGGUGGGACUUUUGAUGUGUCGUUAGUCUCAAUCGAAAAGGAUUUGUUUGAAGUGAGAGCUGUUGGUGGAGAUACUCACCUUGGUGGGGGUGAUUUUGACAACAGGUUGGUUAGUAACUUGGUGGAGGAGUUCAGGAGGAAGCACAACAAAGACAUAAGUGAGAAGCCUAAGUGUCUUGGGAGAUUAAGAGCUGCUGUUGAGAGAGCUAAAAGGGAAUUGUCCUCAACUACUCAAACAACAAUCGAGAUCGAUUGCCUCCUUGAAGGCAUUGAUUUUACUUCAACCAUAACCCGUGCUCGAUUUGAGAAGCUGAACAUAGAUUUAUUUAAGAAGUGUGUGGACCUUGUUGACAAGUGUUUGAAGGAUGCUAAGAUGGAAAAGAGUGAUGUUGAUGAGGUUGUGCUUGUUGGGGGAUCUACUCGUAUCCCCAAAGUCCAGCAGAUGCUGCUGGACUUCUUUGAUGGUAAGGAGCUUUGUAAAGGCAUCAAUCCUGAUGAAGCUGUCGCAUCUGGAGCAGCUAUUCAUGCAGGAAUCCUGUGUAAUGUAAUUGAUAUUCCUGCCAAGGAUAUGGUUCUUGUCGAUGUUACUCCUCUAUCGCUUGGUGUAGAAGUAGGAGGUGGCUAUAUGUCUGUUGUUAUUCCAAGAAACACAACCAUCCCUGUCAAACAACAGCGCGUAUAUGGAGCUGUAUCAACAAAGAAUGAAGACCCCUCCCCUGUUUUAGAAAUUGCUGUGUACGAGGGUGAGAGACCGAAAGUUGAAAACAACAAUUACUUGGGAGUUUUUGAGCUGUCUGGCAUCAAAACAUCUUCCAAAGGUUCUACAUUGAUAAAUGUUUGCUUUGAGAUUGAUAAAAAUGGAAUUCUGAAUGUGUCAGCUGAGGACACAACCUCUGGGAGUAGGAACGAAAUCACGAUCACCAACCAUAGCAGGCUGUCAACAGAAGAGGUAGAGAAGAUGAUGAAGGAGGCUGAAGAGUACAAUGCUCAGGAUAAGGAUCAUGAGAAGAUGAUUAAAGCUAAGAACGCGCUGGAGGACUAUGCCAAUGAGAUGUCAGAAAUGUUGAGUGAUUGUGGGAAGAAUAUUGCAGCUGAGGAUCAAGAGAAGAUGACGGAUGCCAUUGAGGAAACAUUGCAGUGGCUAGACUGGAAUUCUAAACACAUUUAUGAGGCUUCAACAUAUGUGGACAAACUCGAAGAACUUCAGAGUAUUUGCAAGCCUAUUGUUUCAAAACUGCGUUAAAGUAAUGGAUGAACCAGUUCUUGUAUAUUGCCUAGUAAAGCUAUGGUGAAGUCUUUUUUCAGUUAGAUUAAGAUGUGAAUCAUGAAGUAUCUUCUUUGGUUGUUAAAACUUUUUAAGAUUAUUUUUAGAUUGAGAUUCCCAGAUUAUUAGUAUUGCAAAAACAAUUCAUUUAGUGUUCAUGUUUUUUUGGACUUUGGAGUAUGGUUGUUGAUGAUAUUAUGUUUUUUCCCUAAAGCACACCUGGAAGAGUGAAACAAAAACAAGGAGGAAGAUCAGGUUAAUCAUCAUCAUUGUAGAGUCUAAUUAUUUUAUUUUAUUUCAUUUUAAAUAUUGAUUCAUUUACAUUUUUUAUUUUAUUUUUAAAAGAUAAACUUAGUAUUUUCUCACA